AUGUCACGCGCCCGCAAGUCUCCGCCCGGCCCCUUGCUGUUUAUUCAUGGCAACCGCAUUCCUAACGUUAUAAAGAAUAAGUUCCUUGGCCUCACUUUCGACCAAAAAUUAACUUGGUCUGCCCACGUUGAUACAGUAGUAUCCAGCUGCCUCCAAAAAAGGAACAUCUUCAUCCUUCUCACCAAUCAAAAAUUCGGGCCUAACAUCCACACACUAACGACACUUUUCAAAAGUAUCGUACGCAGCAAAGUGGACUACGGCGCUAUUGCCUAUGGAGGAACGAGCUCAACAAACAUUGCAAAAAUCGACAUAGUCUGCCGCGGAAUCCUCAGGAUGAUCCUGGGGGCUUUCAAAUCCACACCAGUGGACAUCAUAUAUGCAGAUUUAGGACUUGAACCGUUCAAAAAAAGAUGCCAAUGGCUCAAAGCACGCUACCUAAUAAAACUGAGCAAAAACCCAACCAAUUCAACAUAUCAGCCGGCCUAUCACCACAUCAAGAACCCCAAGGAAUGGCCCCCCAGAAGCAUUCCAAACAUUUCUCCAAUGCUCAGCGAGUUAGCUGCCCUUGAUCCUAAUCUCUUCAAAACGCUCCCCGACUACUUCGCCCAAAGAAAAAUUCCUCCGCCAUGGUCUUCUGCUCCUCAUAAGACGUCCUAUUUCCCAAUGUCAAAGAAGUUUGCACAAGUCAAUCAAAGUGAAGCCCGUGCCAAGAUGAGCCAUGCCUUAAAACAUCUACCACACACAACUAUUAAAGGCUACACAGAUGGCUCCGUCUCAUCGCUCUCCACAUCAUGCGCCUACACCUUUCCCGAAAUUAAAGAACAAGGUGCCUGGUAUCUCACGCCUGGGUCUAACAUCCUAACUGCUGAGCUACAUGGUAUAUUCAAAGCCCUUGAAACCUGCUACCACCUAGACCCUGGACCCACGCAAGUACAAAUCUUUACUGAUUCACAGUCAGCCUUGAUGGCUAUCGAAUCAGCCACAACUCACUCACACAACCCUAUUAUACAUGACAUAUGGAAUCUCCUACAUUGCCUAAAAAAUGCAGGAACUUACACUCACCUUACAUGGAUCCCCAGCCACAUUGGCAUUCCUGGCAACGAAGAUGCUGACAGGUUGGCAAGUAACCUAGCCGACAUCCCAUGCACCAACAAAAUCAACAACACCCUGACGGCAUCUGAAUUAAUUGAAAAAUACAAGAGAAAAUGGUUAGCAGAGACACUCACCGAGCUGAAACACUCUGAUAAAACCUGUCUCAACUCAAGGGACAGAUUGGGUGUCCUCGAGUGGCAUCACCAUCCCAUCAGAAAUAUCUCUAUUACCCUCCAUCGACUCAGAUCGGGCCACAAUAAGCUCAACUAUUUCCUCAGCAAGCUAGACAUGGAUGUCUCUCCACUAUGCCGACAUGGAUGCCUUGAACUGGAAGACACAAAGCACGUCCUUACAACAUGCAAACUCUAUUAUAAUCUCCAUGCACCAAUCAAACAAUUCUUCAUGGAAAAUAAACUUACCUGGGAUGUCAACACUCUCAUAGGCUUGAACAUGUCACUGGACAAAAGUAAACAACUCCAAAUCCGUGACGUUCUAGUCUCAUUCCUCUGGAAAUCCAAACUGCACCUGAUCAUCUAA